GCCUGGAACGUAGUUGUUGCUCUGAUCUCAUAGUUCCUCGUACAAUUAGGAGGUUUCCCUAUCUCCCAGGGGUGCGCACUAUCCAACUAAUACCUGGGGGGCAGUUUGUCGUUCUUCUUGGCUUCAAGGGGUUGUUGCAUCUGCAUACUAUCGAUUCUCAUGAACCCAUAUGUACAGAGAGUAGUCUCCAAUAUGGAGGUCGGGGACGUAGCAUGAGACAACGAAUGUCUCUUGCUUUCGAUUCUGAACACAACGUUCUAAUUUUGGUUAGUAUCAUCAUGUUGAAUGUGGGGUCGCCUGAAUCACAUUACACUAAACUUGGAAUGUUCCGUCUCAACAUGCAAAACCAUUCUUUCGAGAAGAUAUUGAUCGUCGACAUACCUCACAACUCUGUCUCAGACACUUGCGUUUUGUCUGCAUCAGGAAACUUGUGGGCUGCAAUCCCGGAUUUAUUAGCCGGUUCCGUGCAUAUCCGUAGCACUUCCGAUUCAAAUCACCAAGGGCUUGUUAUUGAUGUUAACUCUGAGUUACUAGGUCCCGAAUUAUACCGUCGUGUAUAUUUUCUUUCUGAGCGUUCUAUGCUAGUUUUCAAUCCAAAUGCUGUAGCCAUAUCCGAUAUUCCAGACCCAGCAACUAAAUUCUCGCAUGGUACUACACCUAUCCCGACCAAUCCUAUUUGGCAGCAGCCUCUUCCUUCACCAUGCCCAUCUCACCGAAUGUACCGUAACCCUAUCAGUCCCAUAAUUUGGAACUCUUCAACGGGUCGCCACGAGGGGCCGCUCGUUAUAUACUUUGGAGACCAUAUGCAAAUUAUCGACAGCGGCGAUCGGGACUAUUCAUCACUGGACGAUUCGUGCAUCCGAAAAUACGAGAUAAAAUGGAAAGGACUCAACCACGCAUGGCAUCUAAAUGCAACUCUGAGCUCUCGCCGCGCAUUUUGGCUCGGUGCAGAUGGCCUGCAAGCGUGCAUUUUCCCGUAUGACUAUCGCGGACACAACGGACACAUGCGGCUGGGAUCUAACCCGCCCUAUUUAAGUUCUGCACGAGUGGUUCCUGUCGACCUUAGUAAUAUACCCGUAGAGGAUGUCUGUGAGGCUUCCUGGGAUGAGUGUUCUAGCAGACUUUGCCUUCUGCUUCAAAUGGGGUAUUCUAGUGAAGUCGUUACUCUUGAUUUAUAAUCUCAUAGUACAUACCAUGUCCUCAAAUCACAAUCACGUGGUCUUGACAAUC